UCGCUACGACUAGUGAACUUUAAAAAAUAAUAACACGGAAGAGGAUUAACACAAAAUGGCUGACACACACAGAUCGUGAUCUCGCCUCCAGGUACGUUUUGAUGAAGAUGGAGACCUGUGCUGUACAUUCAGAUUUGGCCUAUACUAUGGUAUGUUCCACGUGCAGUGAUUAUACAUUUGUGUGUCGCCAAUGUAUCGAGAACGAACACAAGGGCCAUACCACUGAACCUUUCGAGUCAACAGCACAUGGUGUACUGGAGCGAUUAAGGAGAGAGAAGGCAGAUAAUGUUCUACGUUUCAAGGAAGUAAAAUUGGACUUGAAAACAUGUGCAACUCUUAGAGAAAAAGAAAGGAUAAAAUCAGGGGAAACAAGACGAAACAUUGAAAGGAGGCGAGAUCACCUUAAGCAGGCUGUUGACGAGAUUGCAGAUAAAUUAUUAGACCAACAUGAGGCCAGUACAGACAGUAUUUCAAAAGUAUUUGACGAGUUUGAAAGGCAAGUUGAAGAAAAGGUUAAGAGCAUUCUUAAAUUUCAAAAUGAAUUGGCACACUUGGAGAAUUCCUCUAACCACAAAUUUAUCAUUGAAACUGGUAAACAUCUGGCAGCACCAUCUUUACCGUGUUUCAAAGUUCCCUCUAAUGAUCGGAUAACGCUGAAACAAGAGGCUAUAGAUCGUGUGUACAUCCAGCAGAUGUUUGGGGAGGAAGAUCAUGAAGACAUCAGGAAGUCAUUCUUGUCAGAAUCACUGGAACACAGAGAGAACCAACAAAGUUCAAAGGUCAAUGGGUCGAAAUGUCGUUUAGAAUCUACCAAAAAUAUUGAUGAUGUGCAGUUUGAAAACAACACCGUGUCAGCAGAACAUAAACAACGAACUGAAGGCUCGGCGAGUCUUGGUGAAUCUGUUUCUCACUCCUGGCCAGAAAUCACUGAAAAGGCAGCAUUCCCUUUGUUAGCUCAUGGCGAUACAGAAACCAGCUCAUGUCCGGCACCAUCACCAACACUCGAGAUAUCAGAUCCCUCCAAUAUUAGAAAGAGAUAUGCCUCCUCCAAACGAAGAAUUAAAGGAUAUUCUCUUGGAGAAGCUAAGGUUUUAUCAGAUGCCUUGAAUCCAGACAGAGCUCAAAAAAAGCUUUCAGUAGGUUUCAGCCCGAUCGAAAACCCCUCCCCAGGCAAGACAGCUUCACGAAUGUGUUCCUUUGACGAUGAAAGUCUGCCCAGACGAACCUCUUCAAUGAUGUCAGAAUAUUCUACAACAGCUCAGAGGAGCACAAGUUCAAAGACCAUAUCCCAUGAUGCAAAUGGCGGGCUAGUAUUUACACCACAGAGGAAUACUCCAGUGAGAAGGACAAGUUCAAAGGUCGCGUCACAAGAUGAAGCUGGUGUGAUUCUGUCGACCUUUCAGCAUGCCACAUCAACUCCCACUGCAAUUUGUCCUUCAGAUUGUGGUCAUUCUUGGAUAAUACAUAACAAUGCUAACGAAAUCAAACAGAUUAGUAACUCCGGGGUUAUAAGGAGAACGGUCGAUGUGUCCGGAUCAAAGCAUUUGUUGGGAAUGACGGCACUAGCAGAUCGGUCAUUACUUGUAUGUAGCCCGCACACAAAGUGCAUCAAACAAGUACAUCAUCCGAGUGGUCACGUGUUUGAACUUUUUCACACGGCUCCGUUGAUCCCUGUUGGUAUAUGUGUGUCCCCCACAGGAGACAUACUGAUGACGCUAAUUGACAAAUGGAGUUACGAUAAAUCCCGAGAUAGCCAUCGUGUCUUGAUGAAAUGUAAUUCCAACUGGAAGAUGACAGCUGAAGCCAAAUACUCUAAACACGGAGAAAAUCUGUUUGUGUUACCAUACAAAGUCUCUAUAAGCAACAACGGGAAACUUGUUGCCGUAAUCAACCAAACAAGUGAUAUGACGUCACACCUCAUGUUAUUUGAUAUCCACUUUACCUUGUUGCUACGUUGCAUUGGUCAUGAAAACGUCGUUCUUGGUGAUCGACUAGACGACACCAUGACAGAGAGAUUCAACGUCAUGGACGUGAAGUUUGACGUCACUGACAACCUUGUAAUCAUUGAGGGCUACACUGGAACAGUUCAGGUCCUUGACCCCGUCACGUGCAGGCCUCUAAGGAUCCUUGUUAGGGAGCAGGGAAGCCCCUGGACCCUAGCUGUACUCGACAACAAUAUGUGGGUUGGAUUUCAAGAUGGACGUGUAAAAUGCUUAACGUACUAAUGAAACAUGGAAUAUAGCAUCACUAAGAUCAAGGUUUUACUUUAUACACAAACAAUGCACGUAAUAAACGUGUUACAACGUUUCAAGACCGAUUAGUCCAAGCUAUGACUGAGUGAGCGAUUUGUAUUGUUUAUCGGUGUAUAUAGUAAAACUUAGAUAUUAUGAAAAUAAUUGUAAUGUUGUAAUUUCUGUUUGAUAAGUCUUAUUGUGAUUUUAGUGCAGACAUUCAUCACUGUGAUAAUAAACUAGAUAUUCUGUAUCCUUAUAAUGUUUAAGAGUAUUAGUGUCAGUUAUAACUGAUUUUGACUUGCCAAUGCUUCAGUGUGUUUAGCAUGUUAAGGUUGUCUCCCUUACCAUCCAUCCACGCUACCUAAUAUGUUGUUUUGAGUUACCUUCCUUACAGUUAAUUUUGUUCAAUAUUAAAAGUUAUCUGCUUUAAUUUUUUAAUUAACAUUAGCCUGUAUAUUCAUAUAAAAAUACAUAUACUUCUGUUACGAA